GCAAAGGGAGGCGGAGGAGGGAGAGACCCUCGCCCGGCCCUCCUUUGGCUUCAAUCCCGGGUCCCAUGCUCCCCAGCCGCCCUCUCCAUGCAGGGGGAAGCGGAGCUCCAAAGCAGCACCAGGAGAAGAACCGGGGAUCCCAGGAAGGCGGCGGGGAUCCGGGGCUCCCCAGUCGCCCCAUGUCCGGGAAAGAGCCCGAGUGGUGGGAGAGGCGAGUCGGCCUUGCGGAGGCCCCGCAGGAGAGGAGAGAAGCCGGGCCAAGAGGAGGCAGGAUUCGCACUAGGCUCCCCGAGGGUCCGAUCCUGUCUUCGGAGUGGGAAAGAAGCGGGGCGGCCUCUCCAGCUGCCUCCUUCCCGGCCCUGCGCUUGGAUAGCCCGCUUGGGGCUCCGGAUUGUGUGAACCUGCCUGCGUGUCAGAGGGAACCUCGGUUCUUCUCCAAAGGACAUCCUCAGCUAGGGUCAUUUCCUGCCGUUUUAUUGGAUGUGAAUUGAACUUUCAUGGUUUGUUCACCUUUUUGGGGUUUGGCAGGUUGUGUGAACCCUGCCUUGGAGGUAAAUAUAGAUCUCGGUUUUAAAAAGGAAGCCCUUUCUUGUAAGGAAAAAUAUUGCACCACUCUCACACAAUUACACACAUGUGUGCAUGAAAUAGGACCUGCUGAAUGCCACUGCAAUCCUAUUCCAGUUUACAAAAAUACUUUCUUCCACAGGGACGACUGUUGCUCCAUCGUUAAAUUCUCCACUUUCUAAUUCUUGGGAUUUUUCCUUUGCAUCUCAGGUACAGAAACUGGAAGCCGUUUGGACUUCAUCACGGGUAAAAUGAUCUCUUGGGGGGAAAAGACCUGAAUGGCCACCUGUGAUCAUUGCAGUGACUGUAGGAUCGGUCCUAUAAUCGAAAAGGCAUUUGGAGCUCCACAACAUCCUUUGGACCCAAUUGGAGUUAUGUUAGAAGACAGAGACAGAAUGGAGACACAACUUUUAGCAAGUGAGAGAACUGGAAAAGGCUCUUCUGCUGUUCAGUUUGGGACCUGUGGGGAGAUGUGGGCAAGAACUGGGCAGAUCAUCCUGGAGGAGGAAACCAUAAUCUCUUCAAAAAUUCAGCCCUGGAACUUCAGAAGCCUCCAAUACCAGGAGGCUGAGGGUCCCCGAGGACUUUGCAGCCGACUCUACAAUUUUUGUAGGCAAUGGCUGAGACCAGAAAAGCUCACCAAAGCCCAGAUGCUGGACCUGGUUGUUCUAGAGCAGCUCCUGGCUCUUCUGCCCCCAGAGAUGGAGAGCUGGCUGCGGGAAUGCGGAGCAGAGACCAGCUCCCAGGCGGUGGCCCUCGCAGAAGGCCUCCUCCUGAGCCAGGCAGAGGAGGAGAAGGAGCAGGUCGAGUUGCAGUCCUUCUCCGUGGAGAUCAGAGAUCCUGAGGGAAGAAGUAAUCCAUCAAAUCCCCAUCAGGAGCUGCUUUUCAGGAGGAACCCUCAGGAAGACCCAAGUCAGGUUACCUCAAAAGAGAAACAUAGAAUGAAAUUUUCUGAUCUUUACGGUGGAGCUGAAACAGUGGUUGAACCGCCAACUGAAGAGGGUCUUGUGUCCUUUGAGGAGGUGGCUGUGUAUUUCUCCAAGGAGGAGUGGUCUCAGUUGGCUCCUGACCAAAAACUGCUCCAUUCGGAAGUCAUGCUGGAAAAUCAUAGGAAUGUAGCCUCUUUAGGUAAUAAUGGGCAAGAGAAUAAAGAUACUGAGGAACCAUUUCAAGUAUUCAAUGCUGGAGAUGAAACAGAGAAAUCUGAAAUUCAAAUGGAAAUAGAAAGUCAUGAAAGAAACCAGACAAAUAAUUGGAAUCCGGAAAGCUUAUCUUCCAUUGAUGCUCAGAUGCAAGACUUUCUUGUCCAACAAGGAAAAAUAAAGAAAAAUGUAAACCUAUUGAAAGACAAGUUAGAUGUAAAUGAACAGGAUCCAACAGAAAUCAAAAGAGAAGAUUAUAUAUCCAGAGACAAUGGAAACAAUUACAAUUGGACUUUCACCCUUCCUCAUGAAAAUGGGUCCCUUAUAUCUUGUAAAAAGACCCAUACAGAAGAGAAGCGAUAUAAAUGCUUGGAAUGUGGAAAGAGCUUCAGAAGAAGCAGUCAAGUUACUUCCCAUAACUGGAUCCACACUGGGGAAAAGCCAUAUAAGUGCAUGGAAUGUGGAAAAAGUUUCAGUGAGAGCCGUUCCCUUACAUCUCAUAAAUGGAUCCAUACAGGGGAGAAGCCAUAUAAAUGCAGACAGUGUGGAAAGGGGUUUGGUGAGAAUGCAUCCCUCGUGAAACAUAAAAGGAUCCACACAGGGGAGAAGCCAUAUAAAUGUGCGGAGUGUGGAAAGAGUUUUAUUCAGAGCAGUCAUCUUUCUUCCCAUAAAAGGAUCCACACAGGGGAGAAGCCAUAUAAAUGCAGAGAGUGCGGAAAGGGCUUUUCCAAUAGCAGUCAUCUUACUUCUCAUAAAAGGAUCCACACAGGAGAGAAGCCAUACGAAUGCACAGAGUGCGGAAAGAACUUUACAAACAGCAGCCAACUUAUUUCCCACAACUGGAUCCACACAGGGGAGAAGCCAUAUAAAUGUUUGGAGUGUGGAAAGAGCUUUACUAAUAGAAGUCAACAUACUUCUCAUAAAAAGAUCCACACAGGAGAGAAGCCAUAUAAAUGUGUGAAGUGUGGAAAAUCUUUUACUAAUAGCAGUCAACUAACUUCCCAUAACUGGAUCCACACAGGGGAGAAGCCAUAUAAAUGUCUUGAAUGUGGAAAAGGCUUCUGUCGAAGGAGUUCCUUUACUUCUCAUAAAAGGAUCCACACAGGGGAGAAGCCAUAUAUGUGCAGAGAGUGUGGAAAGGGCUUUACUAACAGCAGUCAUCUUACUUCCCAUAAAAGGAUCCAUACAGGGGAGAAGCCGUAUAAAUGCAUGGAGUGUGGAAAGAGCUUCUGUGAAAAUGGGUCCCUUAUGAGACAUAAAAGGAUCCAUACAGGGGAAAAGCCGUAUAAAUGCAUAGUGUGUGGAAAGGGUUUCUGUGAAAAUGGGUCCCUUAUGAGACAUAAACGGAUACACACAGGAGAGAAGCCGUAUAAAUGCAUAGAGUGUGGAAAGGGUUUUUGUGAAAACGGGUCCCUUAUGAGACAUAAAAGGAUCCACACAGGGGAAAAACCAUAUAAAUGUGUGGAAUGUGAAAAGGGCUUCAGCCAACAGAGUAAACUUAUUUCCCACAAAAGGAUUCACACAGGGGAGAAGCCAUAUAAAUGUCUGGAGUGUGGCAAGAUUUUUAUUCAGAGCAGUCACCUUGCUUCCCAUAAAAGGAUCCACACAGGGGAGAAACCAUAUAAAUGCAGAGAGUGUGGAAAGAGCUUUAUUCAUAGUGGUUCUCUUACAUUCCAUAAAAGGAUCCAUUUGGGGGAGAAGCCAUAUAAAUGUGGGGAGUGUGGAAAAGGUUUCUGUGAAAAUGCAUCCCUUAUGAAACAUAAAAGAAUCCACACAGGGGAGAAGCCAUUUAAAUGUAUGGAGUGUGGAAAGGGCUUCUGUGAAAAUGGGUCCCUGCUGAGACAUAAAAGGAUCCACACAGGUGAGAAACCAUAUAAAUGCAGAGAGUGUGGAAAGAGCUUCCGUCAUAGUGGUUCCCUUACUUUCCAUAAAAGGAUCCACACGGGGGAGAAACCAUAUAAAUGUUUUGAAUGUGGAAAGAGCUUCAGGCGGAGCAAUGACCUAAUUUGCCAUACACAGAUCCAUUUGAAAGAGAAUAUAUGUAAAUUUUAGAUUUAGUGUUAUAGCUACGGACAUUCUUCUAGUUAUAAACUUUUGAGUUACAAACUUUUAAUUAUACAAAUAAACCUGCAACUCCAACAUAAAAGGUCCCAGAAGGCUAGAGAAGGUGGGAAAGGGUUAGUUUAGGGUGCUGUCAAGUUUUGAGGUCGUCUCAAAUAAAUUGCAUUUCAAACAAAGUCUUUGAAGGAAAACUAUUAAGCACAACAUUCUAGACCCGACUCCAUUGAAGCCAACACUGACUUGCAGACCCCAAACCCUCCCUUUCUGUUCCCCACUCCCCUGCACUCAUUGGCCAUCUACCAAAUCAUUCUACCCCUAAUCUACCGCUCCAGCUCAAAGGAAUUUCCCCCCUCCCAUCCCAUCUCCUAGGGGAUAUUAUCUCCAGGGAAAAUAAGUAGGUGAAAAGUCAAACGUCCCUUUCCAGACGCCUCCGCUUCUCCUUCUUAUAUCAGCACUAGAGUAAAUGCAGCUUGAAGUGCUGACAGGUGCAUUGCAUAUGUAUGUGAUGUGCUUUAAUCCUUUCCUGCCUCUUUGAUUGCUUACUGUUCAUUGUUUAGUAGUUUGGUGACUGUCUGGUGUGACCUGUAGGUUCUAAAUGUGUGGAAUUAAACUCGAGUGAUAAUGGGGAAGGGAGUAAUGCAAACAGCUCCAAUCCAUGAUGAUCCAAUUAAGAUGGAGAUGCUGAAGAAAAUAGAGUGGGGGAAGAUAAGGAAUGUGGCAUGUUCUUAUUGUAUGGAUUACCGUAAUGAUCAUUAAGAACACAGGGAAGAUUGUAGAACAUGUAAAAGGUUCAUGUGCCUAUGCAAUCCACAGUAACCAAAAGGAGUGGAAAAGUGACGGAAGAGAUAGAGAAGCUACUCAGCAUAUGGAGUGACGAUAGCAUCAGUGAUGUGUGCUUCUGAGCUUAAUGCUGAUCCAGGAGAAGGCUUAGAGCAGGGGUCUGCAACCUUAAACGCUCAAAGCCAUUUGGACCUGUUUCCCACAGAAAAGAAAACACCGGGUGCCACAAAACCUUUCCCGUACCUGACUAUUUCCUGAGAGGCCGCAGAAUUAGCAUAUGUAGUUGAAUUAAAUGCUUUGUUUUUCUUCUAAAACUUUUCUUGGAUUUAUUCAUGAUUGGCCUACCGGGGGUCGAAAAGCUCAAUAAAUCACAUGCCGGCAGAUAUUGCACAUUGGCAGUUGUAACACAUAUUUUGAGGGAGCCGCAGCAGAGGGAUGAAAGAGCCACAUGUGGCUCCAGAGCCAGGGGCCAGGAACCCGUGGCUUAUUAGAGCUUAUUUAGAGCUUAUUUCAUGACUUGCAACAGGAGGUUGGUAAAAGUUCUGCUGAAACACACACAUUUUAAGGCUUGUGCAUAAUGUGAAAGCAUGUGGUGAGGUGGCAAGUGCGGAUGAGAAUGCAGCCAAGGAGUUCCCAAAAGCCCUCAAUGAAAUUGAGGAAAAUUGUUAUUUGCCUCAGCAAAUAUUCAAUGUAGAUGAAAUGGGGCUUUUAGAAAAAAAAGUGCCAGCAAAACUUAUAUCAACAAAGAAGAGAUAAUAAUGGAAAGCUGCAAAAGACAAUGUUGCCAAGUGAGUAACACUUCCAGUGAUCUAAAAUUGUUGCUAGUCUAUCAUUCUGAGAACCUGUGAAGUCUCAAGAAAAUCUCACUUUGUUCUGUGGGAAGCUAAAAAGAAACCUUCGGUCAUCCUCACCUUGAUGUUUUUUUCAUCAUUUCAUCCUAGAAAUAUAGAGAUAAUUGCUAUGAGAAAAACAUUGCCUUCAAGAUUCUCAUUUUGGAUAAUGUCUUGGCUCAUCCAUCUCACUUGGACAAUUUCCAUCUGAACAUGAAGAUUGGGUCUCUGCCUCCAAACACCAAUUUUCUCCUACCACUAUGGAUUAUGGGUUAUAGUAACUUUCCAAAAUUAUCUUUUCUGCAUGUUCAGCAAGCAGUUCAGAUGACCGCGUGUCAGUUUUGGAUGUCCUAUGACAUCUACAAGGUUAUCAAGAAUGUUGAUGCAGCCUGGCAACUUCUAUUAAUAUGAAUGGGAUAUGGAAAACGUCUGUACCUUCAGUUUGUUCAUGACUUUCAAAGAUUUGAAGUGGUGGACAGGAAGUCACACAGCAUUGUUAGCAACUUAAUUGCUUUCACCAAGGAGCUUUAUCUUGACCUGGAGAAGGUCUUUGAUGAAUUGUUAGCCACGCAUGUGGAAUAACUCUUCAACAGCAACCUGGAGUUGUAAACUCAGUGAAAGCAAGAGAAAAUGAUUAAACCUCUGGAGAUUCCACAUCAAGCUGAUGGCAGAGGAAUUCAGCUUGAUCAAGAAAGCACUGUCACCGUUUGAAAUGCAGGACUGUUUUGAGCAUUUCACCAAGGUGUCUGUAGCUCUCCAGCGGUGUGAUAUAGUGCUAUAGGGUCUAUGAGGAAAAUAGAAAAGAUGAAGGCUAUCACCAAAAAUUCACUGGACCAUUUCUUCAAGAAGGUGGAGAAAUGUGCCAUUUCAACUCUGAAGGAUGAGCUUAUAUUGUUGUAAUGUUUUACCACAAUCCUACUGCUUAUGUAAGGUAAGAACUGGACUGUACAUGUUUUUAAUGUUUGUUUGGAUUUAUAAACAAAGCAGACUUAAGAACAGCUUGGAACAUAACCUGUUCAUAAAUAGAGGAAUAUCUAUGCAUUUUCUAUUGACAUAUCCUAAACUAGGAAAGGAAGGUAUUUUUGAGUCUGAUCCUCACAAAUGGCAGCUCCAGAAAGAUGAAUUUACCAGUGAAAAUAAAAACGGGCAUAUGCUGUUUUACUUAUGAAUACAGGUAAUCUUCAAGUUAUGACCUCAAUUGAACCCGAGAUCUUAGUUGCUGAUUGAGACAUUUGUUAAGUGAUUUUUACCCCACCAAUGGAACACCGUUGUUAAGUGAAUCUGGCUUCCCGUUGACUUUGCUUGUCAGAAGGUUGCAAUAGGGAAUCAUAUUUGAGUUGACGGAUCAUUCCGUCAACUCAACUGAUCCGUUUCGGGGUACACUGUCAUAAUUUUAAACUGUUUUUAUAGGGUUGCUGAUUUUAAUUUUAUUUCAUUGUGAUUUGUAUUGGAAUUUGUCAUUUUGUAAGCCGCCUUGAGUCCCCAGGGAGAAAGGCGGCAUAUAAAUCGCAAUAAUAAAUAAAUAAAUAAAAUAUGACCCCAGAAUACUCCAACUGUCAUAAAUAUGAGUUGGUUGCCCAGCAUCUGAAUUUUGAUCACAUAACCAUGGGGAUGCUGCAGCAAAAUGGCCAUAAGGCAUUGUCAUCUGAAGGUUGUCAGUGCUAUUGCACAUUGUGAGGAAAACAAACUCUUAUGAGAGUUGGUCUUGUUAGCAAAAUGAAACAGAAUGAGGAAUUAACUUAGUUUGUUAAUUAUGAAUAUGCUUACAUCUAUUACUUAUGCAUAUGUAUGUAUCAUUUUAUCAUCCCUUCUGAAAUUUAUAAAUAUGAGUGCAUCCUUUUGCCUUUAGGAGUGCCACUAUUUUCCAAAAGGAAUUUCUCCUUUAUGCAUUAUUAACAGAAAUGACUGCAGCAAGCUUUGAUUAUUUGCUUUGGGUCCCGUGUAUCAAUUCCAUGACAUCAAUAACUGAUUUUUUUUCUUAAAUUUGUUUAUAUGCAGGUUCUCGUUGGAGGUCACUUCCAAGAAAAUGGCCACUUUAUGUAUCUCAGAUUGAGAGCCAUGCAAUUUUAUAAAGACGUUGCCUUUAUUGUGUUUUUAUAAGUGAAUGUCCUUGUUCCUUUCCAAGGCUCACUGCAGUGUUUAUUAUUGUUUGUUCUUCCCACUUGAUCCUGGUUCUAAGAGGAAUGCAAACAGGCAGUCAUUUAACAGGUGCUGCCUUCCCAGGCAAUAGAAUAGAAUAGAAUAACAGAGUUGGAAGCGAUCUUGGAGGUCUUCUAGUCCAACCCCCUGCUUAAGGAGCUACAUCUCCCUGAUGCAGCUGUUCAAGACAAAGCUUUAUUUCACUAUAGCAGACAGGCAGACAGAAAUUCAACAGACACUUCCCACAAUUUAAACUUUCCUUCUUUUGCCCAGUCUUCUUACAAUUGUUUCCACGUUCCUUAAUAUAUUCAGUUUAUCAGAUGACCAUAGACUUCUCUGUUCUCACAAGUUGGACAUGGUGCAGGAGAAGGAUAGUGGGGUCUGAAGGGAUAUUAUAAUCCAAAGGGAACUCAAGUUCCAUCAACAUAUAUAGAGAAAUGGAAUGUGAUAAGAUAGUCCUUGAUUUAUGACUGUAAUUAUGGUUGUACAUUAUUGCAUUUUAGUCAUGUCAUCACAUGACAAAACUUUGGCAUGUUUUCUGGUUGUCGUUAAGCAAACAAUGAUCAUUUAUAUGAAUCCAUUUUACCCACUAAGCAUGUAGAAACCAGAAAAAAGAAGCAAAAGUCACAAUGGGAAGCUGCAAAGGGCCGUAAAGGUGAGCAGAUUGCCAAGUGCCCAGAAUGUGAUAGCAUGACUGGGGGGAGGGGGGGCAGCCAUUGUAACUUGGUUGUGAGUAGCUUUGAGGGGAGGGGUUACAAUGUAAUUUCAAAAAUUCACUAACAACCAGUCCUAAAUCUAGGAUUACUGGCAUUGAACUGCCCAUUGAAUAAUUGUGAUACUGAAUUAAAAGUGACAACAGGA